CGGCUGAGACCGGGAGGUCCCGGCUGAGGGCACCGGUUGGUGACAUGGCAUCCAACUACUGCACAGGUUCAGACCAAGGGAAGAAAAGAGCAGCAAAACUUGAACUGAAUGAAACCCAAAAGCAAGAAAUUAAAGAGGCCUUUGAUUUAUUUGAUGUUGAUGGGUCUGGAACCAUAGAUGUGAAAGAACUGAAGAUUGCAAUGCAAGCCUUAGGAUUUGAACCAAAGAAAGAAGAAAUUAAAAGAAUGAUAGCUGAAAUCGACAAAGAAGGAAUUGGCACCAUUACUUUUGAAGAUUUUUUUGCCAUAAUGAGUGUAAAAAUGAGUGAAAAAGAUGAAAAAGAAGAAAUAUUGAAGGCUUUCAAAUUAUUUGAUGAUGAUACUGGAAGCAUAACACUAAACAAUAUCAAGAGGGUUGCUAAAGAACUGGGGGAAAAUUUAACAGAUGAUGAACUUAAGGAAAUGCUUGAUGAAGCUGAUCGUGAUAGGGACGGAGAAAUAAAUGAAGAAGAAUUUUUGAGAAUGAUGAAAAAGACCAGUCUUUAUUAAUACUUUUUUUAUUCCUUCUGGAAAGUUGUUAACAACUUUAUAUUUGCUAUACAGUUCCAUCAUAUCUGAAUGUAUUUUCAAGUUUUAGUUUAUAUGCACAAAUUGGUCUCUUGAUGUCUAAUCCAUGUGAGAAGUUACGUGUUUCUACCAAUAUGUUGUUAAAUCUGCAGCACCCAAGAAACAAAGAAAAUGUAAUGAUUUCUGUGAACCAUAGAUCCCAAACCAGUAUUAAUUCCAACUGCUACUUUUAGAGCUCCAGGGUCUGAAGACUUAGAAUUUUUUUAAGUUUAAUGAAACUGACCCCACAUCCAAAUGAAUUUGGCGAACAAGCAAUUAGUUUCCCUAUUAUUUUCUUUUUGUGCAACUCUUUAAAACUGAUAAAUAUUUGCUUUUUAAUCAGUUAUUCAGAUAUGUAAAGUAUUAAAUAAAAUUGCCUAGCAACUACAUUAUUUGCUAGUUUUCCUCUUAUAAAGAAAUUCAAAGCAGUACUUGUACUACCUAGAUUUUCCUGUAAGUUUGACCCUGCAAGUGAGCUUUUAAUACCUCUGCAUGGGAGGUGCUAGGGAUUUUACAUAUGUUAUCUCAAAUGUUACAAUUUGGGGAAGCUGGUAGUAUUAGCUCCAUUUUACUACAUAUGAGAAAACUAAAGUUCAGAGGACUUAAAAAUUGUUCAGUUGUUCAUAGAUAAUAAAUAAAACAUGGAUUCUAAAUCUUGUAUCCUUAUGCUUCACUAUGCAGCUUCCCUAUGGAUAAAAUAUCUCAGGAUAAUUUAAGUGUAUA